AUGGACUACUCCUCGGGAGCCUCUCCGGUUCAGAAGGUCGUGGAGCUAAUGCAGACCAUGGUUGCCGAAGGCAAGAAGGAGAUUCAGGCAGAGAAGGUCCAGUAUGCCAAGUACUCCAAGUGGUGCGAGAUGACGCAGGCGAAAAAGUCGCAGGUUAUCUCGGACACAGCAGAUGCCAUCGAUGGCUUGAAGGCCGAUAUCUCAAAGACAUCGGCUACCAUCGACCGGCUGACUGCGGAGAACGAAGGUCACCAGGGCAACGUUGCAGCCUUGGUGGCGCAGCAGGAGAACAUAACGCAGAUUCGCAAGAAAGAGAAUGAGGACUUCCAAGCCAUCUCGAAGGACUACGGAGAGUCGAUUUCUGCCCUUGGCAAUGCCAUCGGCGUGAUGAAGGAGCAGGCCUACGACCGAAAGCAAGCCAAGCCGGAGAAGGCGAAGGCAAGCGCGCUGCUUGACGAGUUCACCAUCCAGGACUUGCGCACGAAAGCUCCCGGCCGAGAGAUGACGACAGCCGUCACGGCCCUGGUCGAAUCUGCCAAGAAGCCAGAGGUAGAUGGCUACGAGUUCCAGUCUAAAGGCAUCGUGGAGCUGCUGAAAGAGCUGGAGGACAAGUUUAUCCAAGAGAAGGCAGAUUUGGAGAAGGCCGAGUUUGAAAAGAAAGCCGCCUACGAGACCACCUUGGCCGGCCUCAAGAACGAGCAGGCAGCUGAGCAGAAGGACAUUGGUAAGAAGAGUGCCCUCAAGAGCAAGAAGCUGCAGCAGAAGGCCGAGCUGGGCAACAACCUGGAUACCAGCGAGUCCACCAAGGCGGCAGAUGAGAAGUAUCUCCAGGACAUCACCAGCACCUGCAGCCAGAAGGCGACGGACUACGCUUCUCGACAGAAGCUCCGAGCGGAGGAGCUGGAAGCCGUAGACAAGGCCAUCGAGAUCAUUGGCGGGGAAACUGUGGCAGGGAGCGAGCAGAAGCAUCUGGCCAAGGGCUUCCUCCAGGUCUCCGGCACAUCUCUGGCCGCCCUCCGAGCGAACGAUGCACGCCGCACCCAGGCAGUCAUCAAGGAGAAGGUCGCGGCCUUCCUCCAGAAGGAGGCAGACCGCCUGCAUAGCGUGACCCUGGCCAACCUGGUGGCGCCGACCGAAGAGUCCCAGUCUCUGGGAGGCGUGGAAGACAUGGUGCAGGAGUUGAUCGCAAAGCUUGAGAAGCAGGCGGCCGAGGCCAAGACCAAGCAAGAACUCUGCGACAGCGAGCUCAAGAAGAACGAGCGCAAGCGUGGGGAGAAGUCUGCUGACGCCGACCAGCUCGAAGCAGAUAUCGAGAAGCUGCAGGUGUCCGCGAAGAAACUCAAGGAGGAGGCUGUGGUGCUCGAGGGUGAUGUGGCAGAGCUGGACCAGUCCGUCCAGGAAGCAUCUGACCUUCGGGCAAAAGAGAAGGCCAAGAACAACGAGACCGUGACCGAUGCACAGGCUGCCCAGGAGGCCGUCGCGCAGGCCACUUCGGUGCUGAAGGCCUUUUACGAGAAGGCGGGCCAGGCCACGGCUCUGGUGCAAGUGGGCUCUGGCAAGGCAUCGGAUAUGUCUGGCCAACCUGCCAUCUUCGACGCGUCGUACAAUGGCAUGAGCAGCAAGAGCGGGGGCGUCCUCGACAUGCUCCAGGUCAUCGCUGCAGACUUCGCCAAGCUGGAGGCGGAGACGAGCUCGGAGGAGGAGUCCAGCCAGGCCGAGUACGACAAGUUCAUCUUUGAGUCCAAGGUGAACAAAAAGCAGAUGGAGGUUGACAUUAAGCACAAAAAGGAGUAUGCCGCUGAGCAGCUGGCCGACUCCGAGGAGAAGACGACCGAACUUGGAUCCGUCCAGGAGGAGCUUAAGGCCCUGCUGCAAGUCUACGAGGCAAUGAACGAGGAGUGCACCACAAAUCGCCAGGAAGCGCAGAAGACAAGGGAGGAGACGAUCGCGUCUCUCCAGGAAACCCUCAAGCUGUUGGACAACAUCACCUUGGUCAACAGCAACAGCACCGAGAGCAGCAAGUAG